AAUGGGGACAGCGCAGGGCAUGGGCAGCUUUCGAGUUACAUUUCAAAAUAGAAACAAAAAAGAAAAGAAAAGGAGAAAUCAGACACCCAGUGCGAACCAAAAUAAUAUCGAUGACAUAUUCAUAUGCUGCUGAAAAUAAUAGACUGCUUCUUGCAAACGAGCGAUUCUGAGACGAGACAUCCUAAGUUACGCUUUAAAAUGUUUUGCCCUACAUAUUGACCUCGCCUUUUUAUUAUCGUCCUAUUUAUUGACCUUAUUGUUUGCGCCAUACUCUAUUUAUAGCGUAUAUAGGCUAUAUAAAGCAAAAUGGGCCAACAGAAGACAGUGUUUUGGUCACAAAUCAUGGCUCCAGACAAAUGUUUGACUGUGCUCGUGCUUGUUGCGGGUCUUUGCUCGAGUUUUACGUAUGCCAAGCUUCCAAACAUUGUGUUUAUAGUUGCAGAUGAUUUAGGCUUUAACGACGUGGGUUUUAACAACCCCGAUAUUUUGUCUCCCAACAUCGAUAAACUAGCCAGCGAGGGAGUGAUUCUCGAUCAGAGUUACGUCCACCCCGUAUGUACACCAUCUAGAAGCGCCUUUAUGACAGGUCUGUAUCCAUGGAAGGCGGGCUUACAACAUGGAACUAUACAUCCGCUUCAGCCGGUAUGUGCCCCAUAUAAUGUCACCUUCCUGCCAGAGGUGCUCAGAAAACAAGGCUAUGCAACACAUAUGGUUGGAAAAUGGCACCUCGGCUUCUGCAACUGGAACUGCACACCAACGUACCGCGGUUUUGACAGUUUCUUCGGCUUUUACAGCGGAAUGGAAGAUUACUAUGCUCAUACACGUGACAACGGAUUGGACCUACGUGACGACGAAAAGCCUGACCGUUUAGACGGAGGAAUCUACUCAGCGGAGCUCUUCGCCAUGAGAGCCAAGCGAAUUAUAACCAACCACGACAAGAACAGGCCUCUCUUUUUGUAUUUGCCUUUCCAGAAUGUGCACGCUCCAGUACAGGUCCCACGCCGCUAUUCAAACAUGUAUGCUCAUAUUCAAGAUGAAACCAGAAGAAAUUUUUCUGGUAUGGUAAGUGCUAUGGAUGAAGCAAUUGGAAACAUCACAACUGCACUCAAAGAAGCAGGACUCUAUGACAACACUCUGAUAGCUUUCACGUCUGAUAAUGGAGGUAGCCCUUUCCGGGGAGGGAACAACUUUCCCCUUCGAGGUUCCAAGGCGAGUAUUUGGGAAGGUGGCACCAGAGCGGUUGCAUUCGUCCACGGCCCUAUGCUACAGAAGACAGGGUACAGGCACAACGGAAAAUUCCACGCUGUCGAUUGGUUCCAAACCUUUUUGGCGGUUGCUGGAGGCUCUCCAGCUGCAAACAUCAACAUGGACAGUAUGAACCUGUGGCCUAUGCUGAAGCUUGGAAUAGAUUCCGCUAGAACAGAGUUCGUCUAUCACUUAGACAAUAAAUCCCCUUCACUCCAAGGGCAUGCCGCUAUCAGAGUCGGCGAUUACAAGUACAUCGAAGGAUUCCCUGGGCUGUUCAGUGGUUGGGCUGAACCACCAAAGGUGCAACAGUCCCAAGAAUAUCUGAACUUGGAUCAUGACAGAGACAGCCUUGAUGCCUUCUACAAAUACAUGCAGAAAUCAAAAACUUCACCAGGAUAUUCAGGGCAUGGACUGUAUAAUAUAAAGGAUGAUCCUACGGAGCACAAAAAUUUGGUCCAAACCAUGCCCCAAGUUGUGCAAGAGAUGAAGAAGAAGUUGAAACUGGCACAGCAAGAGAUGGUACCAGCGAAUGACCCACCGGAUGAUAACAAAGGAAACCCGAACAAUUUUGGGGGAGUUUGGACACCGGGAUGGUGCUGAUAAUGUUGAUGUGCUACAUGUACAUUUACUAUGGAAUAGUAUCGGUUUAAAAUGUACUGACAUGAUGAAAAAAACUAACGAAAAAUUUUUAAAAAACAUUUUUUGUCAUUUGAUUAUAUUUGAUUGUUUUUAUGUUGGCUAUUCUUUCUUCGGAUUGAGGAAGGAGCCAUGGUGCUAAAAUUUUCACUUAGCCAUUUAUUUCAAGCUAUUUCAUUUCAGUAUGAUUUACGAUUAAAGUGAUUUCUAUGAAGUAACGAUUUACUGUUUGGGAUUCUCAUUUAAAUGCUUCGAAAAUAUCGUAUCCCUUAAUAGCAAAAAGCACAUUUUAAUUAAAAUAUGUAUUUAUAAAAUGGGUAAGUGAGGAUAAAUAUAAGAAAAAUACUCUCUGCCAGAGGCAAGCUGAGUGAUGACGUGAAUUCUAUGCAAAAAUACUCGCUGUUAAGGAAAGCACACAUAAUUGCCCGAGCACUAUCUUUGAAUAACUCGAAACAAACUCAUCUGUGGUCCUCGAGAAGGGUACAAGAAAUACAUCUUCUUCCAUAAACUGAAUAUAAACCUAGCAUUUUGGAAUCAUGUGAUAUAAUAAAUGAUUCCCUGUUCUGAAAA